CUUUGGCCUUCGAAAUACCACCAUAUUGUUAUAGGCAAACUUUUCCUGUAAUCACAUGAAAUUAUUUAUUCUAAUUGGUUUCGAUUCCCUGUCUAGUUUGGCGCUUCGAAAGUCAAUUGGUCCCCAGCGGGAUAGUACACCAUUGUGCCUAAGUAUCUUGUCGCAUAUAACGCCUCCGAAUGUUUGCGAUCUAACAACGUCGACCACAUGAGCAUUAAAUCCAGUGCGUUGACCGUAAUAAUUAAUGUCAACUAACAACACUCCACGGAGCAGCAGAACGGGACCAGCCCCAGGUCUUACGAUGGCUAACACUAACACUUCAAGCGAACGACUUCGCCCGACUUCCCCGAAGCGCCGGGACAAACCUCAGCUGAGCUGCAAUGCUUGUCGGAGAAGAAAAUUCUGAUCUAUGUUCCCCAGGGUACGCUGUGAUCGCUUGCAUCCAUGUACCAGCUGCUCUAGCAGGGGGCUUGGUUUGUCUUGCACUUAUGCACUUCGUCCUACUGUGUACGACAAGCCGUCGCUAGGCCAAAAUCAUGGAGCGGCUGCCAAUAUGCAGGAACGUAUUAACCAGCUGGAGAACCUCGUGCUGGGCCUCAUGCACCAGACUACGUCGAGUUUCGAUGGCCAGCACUCUCGCUCAGGUCUAUUAUCAGCGGAACUAGUAUCUGAUAAAACUGCUGUCGCCGCAUCCGGAACUCAGCAUGAUACCUCGCCAACACUGUCUGAACAUGGCAGCAUCAGGAUUCAACAUACAGUUAUCAGUUAUGUCAGCAGUUCGCACUGGGCUGCUGUACUCGAUGGGAUCACCGAUCUCCGAAAUUACUUCGCACAAGAAGAAGACCCUCAUACUCAAGCCUCCGAUCCCGUCCAGCCCCUGGUCGGCUUUCCCAAGCCCCAGCUAUUCUACUCUGGCCUUAAGUGCGAGACUUCUGCCUCAAUUUUGAAGUCACUGCCGUCUCGGCCUGUUGUAGAUAGAUUAGUCUCUCGAUACUUCAAUAUCCUCGACAUAGCUCCCGGUGUCGUACAUAGCGGUCAGUUCCUCCGAGAGUACGAAGAAUUUUGGAAAGCACCACACGACACACCCAUCAUGUGGAUUGGUCUUCUGUUUAUUAUGAUGUGCUUAUCAUCACAGCUAAACCAGUCUUUCCUUAGUCCCGCCAAUACCUCUACUUCACUCGGGCCGCCACUAGUAGCACCACAGGUCACCGAAGCCCAAAUAACAGCAGAGAGAUACAAAGAACAAGCGACACAAUGUCUGUUACUAGGCCACUACACAAAAGGUGGACCUUACGUCUUGGAAACGCUGAUACUCUACUUCUUAAUUGAAUGUUUCCACAUUAAAUCGAUGGAGAUUGGCAUCUGGGUCCUAGUGGGCAACAUGGUACAGAUUGCUAUACACAUGGGCUACCACCGAGAUGCGAAACAUUUCUCAAAUAUCUCGCCUUUUGCUGGGGAAAUGCGAAGACGUGUGUGGGCUAUGAUAGUUCAGCUAGACAUGAGUAUCUCGACGCAAUUGGGACUCCCCAGACUGGUCAAAGAAAGCCAAACCACUACUGCCGAGCCGCGGAACCUUUACGAUUCAGACUUUGACGAGCAUACGGUCGAACUACCCGCUUCACGACCAGAAACAGAAGUGACACCUACACUCUACGUUCUGGCCAAACUCAGGCUACUCUCAGUAGGGGUUAAAGUUGCUGAUGUUGCCACUGAGCCUCGUUUACACUCUUAUGAUGUGAUCAUGGGUCUUGAUAAGCAGAUCAACCAGGCUCGAGACGCGCUCCCGUCCAGUUUGAAAUGGGGGAGCCUUGCAUCGUCCCUCAAUAUCCCAUCGCAGAUGAUCAUUCAAAGAAUCUGGCUAGAAGUAAUUGUUCAGCAGCUGAAAAUCGUCCUGCACAGGAAAUUCAUAGAACCAUCCCGUCUUCACCAACAAUAUGGUCGCUCGAGAUUUACAUGCAUUAGCGCUGCAAUGAAGAUUCUUGAGCUUCAGCGUCUCGUUGACGAGGAGACUCAGACAGAUGGUUUACUGUACCAAAAUCGCUGGAGAGUGUCUUCUGCGUUUACCAACGACUUCCUUCUAGCUACAAGUAUACUAUGCUUCUGUUUCAAAGCCCACGUUGAUAAACAAAAGGAACAGUUGAAAAACUCCGAAGACGUAGAGAUUGAGACAGUGGACAUGGAGAAGAUUAGACAGUUGUUAAAAGCUUCACACGACAUCUGGAGCCGGCAAUGCGAUAGUUCUAGAGAGGCUCGAAAAGCUACUGCGGCCCUUCGUUAUGUCUUAGGCAAUUCGAGGAUGAGAUUUGAACCUCGGAUCUCUGAGGACGCACUACCAAGCCCACUUUCGCCCGAAACCGCCUCUCCCUUUCCAGGCUUUAUGCAGGAAUAUGAUUUCCUUAACUUCGAGUUUGAGAAUACAAAUGAGGGGGCCAUAUGGCCAGUGUUCACAUCAGCCGGCAACGAUAAUGUUGAAGAGGGGGCAGGGGUUGGUGGUUCCCAUGAUAUGGACACGUUAUCGUAGAUGGGCUCUCUUUAAGGAGGAAAUAAUUUUCUUUCCCUUUUGUAGGCGGUUCACAAGUGUGCCCUUUAUCAGUUAAGGAGAAGCAGCAAGCGAGGAUUACCUUGAGGCUGUACGAAGUGUAAUAGAAGUGAAUCGGUGCCGCCUUCACCAGCGAUCAGUUGAUGGUUAUUCAGAUGAGCCUAAGUCUAAAGUUACACCUUGUGAUUACGCCUAGGAUGUAUACACGAUUUCCGCAACUGUUACACGGCUAAGACUUCAGAACCGAAGAUAACCAAUACUACCCCUAGAGGAAAGUGAGGCUAUAAGCGAUUGGAUAAGGACAAUCUAU